CGGACCUAUCAUGGGGGACUGGAGCUUUCUGGGUAAUAUUUUAGAGGAAGUGAAUGAGCACUCAACGGUGAUCGGCCGGGUGUGGCUCACGGUCCUCUUCAUCUUCCGCAUUCUCAUCCUGGGUACGGCGGCAGAGUUUGUGUGGGGUGACGAGCAGUCGGACUACGUCUGUAACACGCAGCAGCCCGGUUGUGAGAAUGUGUGUUAUGACGAGGCCUUCCCCAUCUCCCACAUUCGCCUGUGGGUUUUGCAGAUCAUCUUCGUGUCCACGCCAUCUCUGGUGUACGUAGGCCAUGCCGUGCACCACGUCCACAUGGAGGAGAAACGCAAAGAGCGUGAGGAGGUUGAGCUGAGUCGCCAGCAGGCGCUGAGUGAGGAGCGGCUGCCUCUAGCACCCGACCAGGGCAGUGUGCGCACCACCAAGGAGACCAGCACCAAGGGCAGCAAGAAGUUCAGGCUGGAAGGCACCCUGCUGAGGACAUACAUCUGCCACAUAAUCUUCAAGACACUGUUUGAGGUGGGCUUCGUGGUGGGCCAGUACUUCCUGUACGGCUUCCGCAUCCUGCCGCUGUACAAGUGCAGCCGCUGGCCCUGCCCCAACACCGUGGACUGCUUCGUGUCGCGCCCCACAGAGAAGACUGUCUUCAUCAUAUUCAUGCUGGCCGUGGCCUGCGUCUCCCUCUUCCUCAACUUCGUGGAGAUUAGUCACCUGAGCCUGAAGAAGAUACGCUUUGUCUUCUGCAAGCCAGCCCCGGGACCAGCCCAGGGUGAGUGCCCGAGCUCCCUGCCCACUCCAGGGGGGGUCCUCAAGAGCCUGCCCCCCCUGGCCGUGCCUUCCUUCCAGAGGGCAAAAGGCUACAGGCUGCUGGAGGAGGAGACCCACCACUAUCCCCUGGCGGAGGCAUGCAUGGAGGCAGGGAGGCUAAUCCCUCUGGCCCCGCCCUUUCAGUGCAAGGAGGAGAAAGCGGAGGAACUGGGGCACAUGGAGGACAUUUCAAAGGUGUACGAUGGGACCUUGCCUUCCUACGCCCAGACCACAGAGAUAGGGGAGGACACACUACCACUACACCAAGAGGAGGAGGAGCAGCAGCAGCAGGAGGAGGAGGUGGAGGAUGAAGAGGAGGAGGUGGUGGAGGAGGAUGUGGUGGAUGGGGUGGUGGAGGAUGUGGUGGAUGGAGUGACGGAAGAGGAUGUGGUGGAUGGAGUGGCGGAAGAGGAUGUGGUGGAUGGGGUGGUGGAGGAUGUGGUGGAUGGAGUGGUAGAGGAUGUGGUAGAUGGGGGGGUGGAAAGGAAGAAAGAGGCAGAGGAGUGUGAGGAGGAGGAGGAUGUAGUGGAGGAAGUUGUUGAGAAGGUGGGGGAGGUGGUGGAGGAGGAAGUGGUGGACGGGGACGAGGGACCUUCAACCAAGGUGGGGAUGGAGGUGAUGGAUACGAUAGAGGACACAAGACCACUGAGCAGAUUGAGCAAAGCCAGCAGCAGGGCCAGGUCAGACGAUCUCACCGUAUGAACCUGUGAGAGAACACACACAAACUUACACGCACACAAACAUUGAACACAGGAGAACACACACAUCUAGCUCAAGACAACAAACACUUAUUACCAUUAGGACGUGGGUAACAUCACUCAAUAAGGCAACAAAAAGAUCUGUGCUUAUUUGUGAGAUAAGUGAAUAUUUUAAAAGGUUGUGUUUUAAGAGAGGAGGGAUAUAUUUAUUUUAUUAAGCAUGUUAGAUGAAACCAAAUGUAGAAAGGACAAACAUGCAAAGAGGGGAAAAUAUUUUUUACUUGAUGAAAAUCCAUGCUGUCGACCUUUUUCUAUUGAAAGACUCAACAAUAACCAAUGAAAGAUUACUAAUGUUUACAUAUUCUGGGGGGUUGAAUGGGUAGAGGGGAGAGAUUGAUCAUAUAUUAUUGUGUGUCUGCAAAGCAGUAAAAUUACUGUAGGCAGGCAAUCACUUUCAUAUGUAGCUGCAAAUAUGUUGCAGGUGGAAGGGCUGUUGCAAUCCAAGUCCGUUGUAUAGAAAACAUAUGACUCUUUAACACCAAGUUGAUAGUCCAUUUUUGGAUUGAAAAUAGUUAUUUUUGCACACAUUUCUUAGAGGAUAUAGAACUGUGCAAGGCCUCAUAUCACCUCAACUACGCAUCGAUUUGCUCUUCUUUCAAUUGAAGGCAGAUUGGCAAUGAAGUACAAGAGCAUAUCUGUCCUUUUCAUGUCUACAUACAGAGUAGUACAGCCAAAAAGCAGAGUAGUAGAGAAAAACAAACCAAAAAAGGACCAGAUGUUAAUGGUCUCUUUUCAAUGUGAUUCUACAUCUGAUCUUUUGGAUUGCUUAUAUCUUUCGUUGCCUGUAUAAUAAGUGGGCACUGUGAAAAGAGAGGAGUGCUGGUUUUGCCCGAUCACAGACUGGACCAUAGUAACAACCUCAGGCCAAAUCCUCUCUUUUCGCUCCGGGGUCAGGGCGAUAAAGAUCACGCACGAUCAGCACAAAGUAUUGUUGAGCCACAGACAAUAAAAGAAACCACUCAUAUAUGAAAACAAGCAUCCUUGACAUUGUUGUGGGGGAAAUCGUUUUACUUGAUUUUAUUUGCCCUUGCUGGGCCUUUCCCCUGUAGAAAUAUGAAGUAGUUAGGGCAAUGUUUACAACAUUUUCUAAAAAAUAUAUAUAAAAGGAGAAUCUUAUUGUACAUAAAGUAUAAUUGUAUCUGAUGUCUAAUAGCAAACAUUAUGUUGAGAACACUUAAUUUAAAUUCUGAUAUAAUCUAUAGCUAAAUUAUUAUUACUAUGAUGACAAUCGUUCAUUUAUCCAAUAGAGAAACUACCAGUUAUUUAUUUAAACACUAGAAAAAACUUCCAUAACUCUGCUACAGUCACUGUUUCAGUAGGGAAAAUGAAGUGCCUUUCAAAACCUGAGCAUUAUUUCCAGAAUUACCAAGGACUAGCAUUUCAGAACCUUUUGACCUGUCUUCUCUCUGUCCCAGAGAUGUUCUAUUUUUAGUAUUAUUAAGUUGUACAAGAGCAGAAGUUUAUCUUACAAGUACUUAAAAAAAUCGAACAAAAACAAUGCCCUAUGAAAGGGAUGCUUUAAAGUACAACCAAAUAUUUAUCUAUUUUUCUCUCUUGCGCUCUCUGCUUUAUUUAAAUUGCUUGGCUAUGUUGCUUUCUAGUGUAUAAUUUACCAGUGCUUUAUCUGUAAUGUACAUUCUCAAAUGUCUUUGUAAAGGUUAAAGUGCUUACAUAACUCUGGGAAAGCUGUGAAUGUCAUGUUUUUAAUGUCAUGUUUGAGAUAUUUUUCUUUAGCAUUCAAAUAAUCCUUUGUGUACUGUAUGCAACAU